CUAUAAACGCAUUGGCCCCAAACCCUUGCCGCUUAGAGCGAAACGGAGAGAGCGAAGGCAAAAUGCAGAUCUUCGUGAAAACCCUAACCGGCAAGACCAUCACCCUCGAGGUCGAGUCCAGUGACACCAUCGAUAAUGUCAAGGCAAAGAUUCAAGAUAAGGAAGGUAUUCCACCGGACCAGCAGAGGCUGAUCUUCGCAGGGAAGCAGCUCGAGGAUGGCCGUACUCUUGCGGACUACAACAUCCAGAAAGAGUCAACUCUUCACCUUGUUCUGAGGCUUCGUGGUGGAAUUAUUGAGCCAUCUCUUAUGGCAUUGGCCAGGAAAUACAACCAGGACAAAACAAUCUGCCGCAAAUGUUAUGCACGCUUGCACCCACGUGCUGUCAACUGCAGGAAAAAGAAGUGUGGACACAGCAACCAGCUGAGGCCAAAGAAGAAGAUCAAGAGCGAAACAGAGUGCGACUCUGUGCGAGGGAGCGAAGGCAAAAUGCAGAUCUUCGUGAAAACCCUAACCGGCAAGACCAUAACCCUCGAGGUCGAGUCCAGUGACACCAUCGAUAAUGUCAAAGCAAAGAUUCAAGAUAAGGAAGGUAUUCCACCGGACCAGCAGAGGCUGAUCUUCGCAGGGAAGCAGCUCGAGGAUGGCCGUACUCUUGCGGACUACAACAUCCAGAAAGAGUCAACUCUUCACCUUGUUCUGAGGCUUCGUGGUGGAAUUAUUGAGCCAUCUCUUAUGGCAUUGGCCAGGAAAUACAACCAGGACAAAACAAUCUGCCGCAAAUGUUAUGCACGCUUGCAUCCACGUGCUGUCAACUGCAGGAAAAAGAAGUGUGGACACAGCAACCAGCUGAGGCCAAAGAAGAAGAUCAAGUAGACUACUGGUUGUGAGUUAGAAGUGCCAUGGAUUCUAGUGGGUCACUGUCUGUUUUGUUUGAACCAUGGUAGUAUCAAAAAGUAGACUUUUAGAAAUCCGACAGGUAGCUUUGAACUUUUGAGAUGGUUGCAAUGUUACUUUGUUCUAAUAUGCUUUGAAUUUUUUCGGGCAUUAGAUAUGCCUUGACAUUGAGCUGUUCGUUUUUUGUGUUGAAAUCAAAACUAUUACUUUUAGUU